AUGACUCACAAGGGAGACUUCAGUGCUGCUCAGCUCGGCAGAAGUGCCAUUUCCGACUCAGGGACGGCAUUUGUUGAGCUGAUGCCAAGUUUCUUAUUCGAGGAGGCUUUUGCUGUGGAUGAAUUAGCCUCUUGUAACGCCGCAGUUCACGAAGAGCUCCCCACCGAUGAAGGGCAAUGCACUUCGUCUCAGAUUCCCCUCAACGACACCUGCAUUCCUGGCAUCAACUACACCUGCAGCCCGGCUCAGCUUCCUCUGGGAACGAGCCAAGUCUCGUGCGAAAGCUCGGAUGGCUACACUUACAACUUCGAGACCGAGGUGAAAGACACCGGCCCCCCACUGGUGAGCAAGAACUUCUCGGACGUCUUGGAGGUGGCGACGUGCGGCCGCACUGCUCACGUGACCUUCGUAGGAGUGGAGGCUUCCGAUAACUGUGACACUGUUACACCCACCUGCGCACCCGCAUCCGGGAGUCUUUUCUCCCUAGGCACCACCGACGUGACCUGCACAGCACAAGACUUAUCGGGCAAUGACGCAACUCCCAUGACCUUCCAAGUAACGGUGGGUGACACCACCCCACCGGUCAUCACUCAGCUUACUGACACGAACGUGACAACAUGUGGAGUGAUUGCCCAGGUAGCCUUCGAGGUCGAGGUGUCCGACAACUGCGACAAUGUUGUGCCCAUUUGUGCACCCGCCUCCGGCAGCCUUUUCCUGUGGGCACCACAAACGUCACCUGCACGGCACAGGAUUCCACAGGCAACGCCGCAACUCCGAUGA